UGGGUACAAAAGGCAGCCGGGCAGGCAGCAGAGGCAGUGCUCAGCUGAGCAAGGCAAAGGCAGUGUGUGUGGCAGGAGCAGAGCCAUGGCACGGUACUCCCGGGGCCUGGUGCGGCUGCUCCCUGUGCGGCAGUGGCCAUCGCGAGACUGGUGGCCCACGUGUGUCUGUAGCCACGAGAGUAUGAGCAGCCUCCUGCAGCCAUGGCCAGCCAGCAUCUUUGAGCAGAUGGCAAGUGACCUGCUGCGGCAGGUGGAGGCGAUGGACAGGCUGAGCCGUACUGUUUUGCAGGCCCAGCCGCUCCUGUGGUUGGAGCCUGCGGGCCAAGGGGAGCCGAGGCAGGAUGGAGCGGCCCAGGCUGGGGCCACAGAGCAGGAGCCAGAGUCUGGGGGUCAGCAGCACAAGAAGUUCGAGCUGCGUGUGGAUGUGGCCGGCUUCGCACCAGACGAGCUGACAGUGAGGCAGGAGGGCAGGACGCUGACGGUAACGGGGAGGCGUGAGAAGCAGAGCGCUGGAGAGGGUGGAGGCAGCUUGCAGGAGUACCGGGAACUGCGCAGGGAAAUGCUGCUGCCCUUGGGCCUGGAUCUGGAGGCUGUGACCUGCUCCCUGUGCUCAGAUGGACAGCUCUGCAUCCAGGCCCCACGCCUGGCCCUGCAGCCCGCAGAGGGGAAAGCCAUUCCCUUCAGCGUCCAGGCGGGAGAGGGAGCCACACAAGGAGACACUGCUGCCAGGGAGAAGCUGGGAAGGGAGGUGGGGAGCGGCAGCCAGGAGUCCUGACCCAGCCAGAUGGGGUGAUGGCAAGCUUGCUGCCCUGGCCCAGAGACUGCAGCAUGGCUGUGGUGCAUCACAGCCCUGCAAUCAUACCUAGGUGUCCCUCCUACAGCAGUGACUAGGGGCUGUAUAGAGUCCGUAGCCAUCUUGGUUUCUGGAGAAAGCUUUCAUACAUGUCACCAGCCUGGAGUUGGAUGGGGCUUUUGGUUUCAUUACCACUUUAUUGCCAGGUGACAUUUAUCUGGCUGACUGUAUUGCUUAUGUGUCAUGAUGGAAAUAAACCUGUUUCCCACA